CACCACUCCAUGUCUCUCACGCGACGCGUACUCCGCCUUCGUCCUCUUCACCAUCACGUCCAACUCAGAACCAUGUCGCACAAGCCCGAGAUCAUCUCCACCGAAACGUAUGAGACGGACGCCAAAUGGCUCCGCCUCCAGCGCAUCAAGUAUCGCGACCAGGAGGGCAAGGAACGCUUCUGGGAAGUCGCAAACCGGUCGACACGCAAAGGCGCCGUGGACAGCGUGCAUAUCCUCGCACUUAUCAAGCAAGAGGGCGAGCGCGGGGUCGUUCUGAUCGAGCAGUACCGCCCACCGGUAGAAGCGACAGUCGUCGAGUUCCCUGCCGGUCUUCUAGACGAGGGCGAGGAUCCUGCCACCACCGCGCUGCGCGAGCUGCACGAGGAGACGGGGUAUCAGGGCGACGGUGUGAGCGUUGUUUCUGUGUCGCCAGUGAUGGUGAAGGACCCAGGCAUGACCGGCGCCAACAUGCACCUUGUCACAGUGCAGAUCGAGCUCCCGCCUGACGCGCCUCCUCCGCAACCCAAGCUGGACGAUGGGGAGCACAUCGUGAAGCGGACUGUGCCGCUCAAGGAGCUCAACGCCGUGCUGAAAGACUACGAGAAGCGCGGUUUCGCGAUCGACGCGCUCGUACAGAGUGUAGCGACGGGGUUGGGCUUGGCGGAGUGAUGUCUCAGUCAGAUUAGGAGGCGGUUAUUGUGUUGGAGCGGAGUUGGGACUACGGAAUGUGGACUUCACAGUAUGGGAGAGUGAAUUGCGCCGAGCUAUCAUGUUUCAGUCCAAACGCUCGGCGUGGGGGUUGUGUGCGCGUUGAACAAAUCGAGGUCGCCCUCGCGAGGAGGGAGGAUGAAGAAGAGCAGGCGGAUGAACUGUUAUGAAUCUUGCGGGU